AUGAAGGUUGGACUGAAGAUUACUCGUGACAUGAUUAAAGAGACUUUCAUGCCCUAUGCUGGUAUUGAGUUUGUAACUCAGAUGGGUUCUCACAUCCCUGAAUAUGUCAACCCUGGAUUAGAAAUGCAAACGAAUGUUUUCCAUGACAGUGGCCUCCAUGCCAAGAUCACCAGAGCAGUCAUGAAAUUUAACAGAAGGAGGCAUGUUAUCACUGCUGACAUCCAGAUCCCUGACUACAAUGUGAAGGCUGGAUAUGGACUGGAAAUCUCCUCGAUGAAGAUUCCCAUCCCAGAGAUUGUUAUUCCUGAGAGCUUCACUGUGUCUAUUCCUCUGUUUGUGGCCAAAAGAUACAGGCACUUCAGAAGAUUUGUGUAUGACUACGAAGCUGAGACCUUUAACACUGUGAAUGGAGCUACAGACAAUAAAAGCGGCCCCAAAGUCUCCUGCACAGUUGAGGUUGAUGUGCCCCAGACCUGUAGCUUCAUCCUCCGCACAACAGACUGCUCUCUGAGCGAGGUUGUUGGCGUUGACAAUGAGGGGAAUCCACUGUAUCGUCCUGCUGCUGGAGCUGAGGCUUUCAAAGCUGCCAUGGAGAAAAACACUCUAAAGAUCACAGUUGAAGGACAGACAGAUGUCAGGCUGUACCCUGAGGACAAUGAGCCCGUCAACAUCCUCAACAUCAAGAGAGGAAUUGUCUCAGCUCUCAUGGUGCCUGUGAUGGAAGAGGAGAAGAACAAUGAAAUGCCCACCGUGCACGGAGUGUGCUCCACCGACUUCACCGUCAACAACAAACAGGACAUUGCUACUGAUGUGACAGUCAGCAGGGAUCUGUCCAGAUGUGACUGGUUCACUGCCCGCAGACAGGACACCAGUCCCCUGGCUCUCGUCUCUGGGAUGAAAUACAGCCUGUCCAAGCUGAUCAGGAGCACUCAGAGCUGUAACUACAGGUUUGACAACCAGAAGAAACACAUGACCAGUGGAACCUGCACAGAGAAACACAUCUUCCUGCCCUUGUCCCAUGAAAACCAAUAUGGAAUUUCUGCUAUGGUGAAGCAGACUGUGACUCUGAGAGCGACUGCCAAGAUCAAUGACAGAAUCUUUGAUCACAAUGAGGACAAUGUCAGGUACUUGCCCAUGGAUGUUGUUGACGACAAAUCCCCAGUGCAAACCAUGGAUGCUGUCGCUGCCACGAUGCAGAAGCUGAACUCUCUGUCAGAGACCAACGAGGGCGAGAAGCGCGCCGGCCUUUUCCGCCAGCUGGUGUCAGAGUUUCGUGGCCUGAAGGGGGACACCCUGAACUCGGCUAUUGUUGAGAUGACAGACAUUUCACCCUCUCUGACGUGGCAAGCUCUGGCUCAGUGUGGUACACCAGAAUGCACUAGCGCCAUGCUCAAGCUUCUCAGGACCUUUCAUGAAGAUGCUGUUGAGGUUGAUGCUGUUGUCUACGCCCUGGGGCUGCUGCCCAACCCUUCACAGCAGAUGGUGAAAGACUUGCUGGCAAUGGCUCAGUACAAGCAGAGCAAACCCAUCAUGUAUGCUUUGAGCAAUGCAGCCAGGAAACUGUAUAAAUCUGAGGGAGUCACUCCAGAGAUCACAGCUGUCUACAACUAUAUUGCUUCUCUUCUGGGUGCAGACUGCGCUGGUGACAAAGACCUGACUUUCCUGACUUUAAGGGUUGUUGGCAACAUGGGAGACGCAAUGGAGGCCACCGAUCCUGCUAUUAAGACCACCCUGCUCAAGUGCAUGAGACAGCCCGCAACCACUUUGUCCGUGCAGCUGGCCGCCAUCCAGGCUUUCAGGCGCAUGUCUGUGACAGAUGAGAUUCGUGCCAACCUCCAGAGGGUCAGCCAGUAUCCCAAGGGCGCUGUGCAGAAACGUCUGGCAGCUUAUCUGAUACUGAUGAGAAACCCUGAGGACAGCGACAUUGAGGUGGUGAAGAAGCUGCUUAACCAAGAGCAGAACGAGCAGAUCAGGGCUUUUGUGUCCUCCCACAUCUACAACAUCAUUUCCUCAACUGAUUCAGAGACCAAAAAGCUUGGGGAGAAAAUAAUGGAUGCCCUGCAGGACACAGAAGUUUCUACACACAGCGACUACACCACAAAAUCUCGCAACUAUGAGCUGGGAAUGGCACAUGAGAGCAUGGCGGCCAAAAUUCAAGGCAAUGUCAUUUUCGAUCCCAGCAGCACGUUGCCAAGAGAAGUCUUGCUGGAAACUACCCUGAAUGCUUUUGGUUACAGCAUGGAUAUUUGGGAGGUUGGCAUGGAAGGAAAAGGCUUUGAGCCAACCAUUGAGGCUCUGUUUGGCAAGAAUGGAUUCUUCCCUGACACAGUGUCCAAGGCUCUGUACUGGGCUGAAGAACAGAUGUCACCAAAGAUCAAGGAAGUUCUGGAGAAAUGGGUUGCUCCACUGAAAAUAGACGGGCAAAAGGCUCCUGAAAACCUUGCAACAGAAAUUGUCCGCAACCUCAACAAGCUGGUAAAAGACCUGCAGAACCGAGAGUCCCCAGAGGCCAUGGCCUACCUGAGGCUAAUGGGAGCUGAGCUUGGCUACAUCAAGAGCAAUGAACUGAAGUCUAUUGCUGAAAAUGCAAUGAUGUAUGCAAACAUUUUCAUGAGGAUAGUACCUACAAAGGUCAUGUCUAACCUGAUUUCAAGCACUCGCAAUGAGAUUUUUGCCCAUUACAUCUUCAUGGACAACAAAUUCAUGAUGUCAACAGCAUCUGGCUUGCCUCUGACAUUUGCUCUGUCUGGCACCUUUGCUCCUGGUGCAAAAGGAGGUCUUCGCAUGACUCCAAACAUGGAGCUGGUGUUCAUGCCCGCAAUUGGAAUUGAGUUCAUGACUCAGAUGGGAAUCCAUGUGCCUGAAUUUAUUGUCUCUUCAGUUGAGAUGCACACCAACAUGUACCAUGAGAGCUCUUUCAAUGCCAAGAUCACCAUGGAGCAAAACCAGGUCAAACUUUCCAUCCCUGCUCCACAGGGCACCAUGAAAUUCUUAAGAAUCAGCAACAAAGUUAUGAUUGUGGGUGCUGGACACGCUACAGUGAUCCCACACAGAUUAGCCGACUCCAGCUGCAGCCCUCUCUUCUCUGGAGUCAAAUACUGCACAAAAACACUUCAUGGUGACGCUCCUGGCAAGACGGCUGCUCCUUACUUCCCUCUGAACGGAGAGACUGAGUAA